UACAGGAGAAACUCUCUCUGCUCACGCAUGUAAACGGGUUAUUCCUAAUGUUUCAGAAACCCGAAUAGCGACCAAACCGAAAAUUGGCUGCAUGAUGUAAUCGUAGUCAAUGUGGACUUUUAUAAAGAUCCGUUUGGGCAUUAACUUUCAAAUGCAUAAUAAUGCAUUAAAAUGAGAAGAGUUCUGCAUGAAAGACCUGCGACUGCAGACCAACGUGCUACUGGAUUUCUCUCCGAGAAGGCUCCAUCCAAACAGGACAUUCAGGGGUGUGGCCUUCUCUGUUUCAGCUCGGUUUCCUUUUCAACAAGGAGAAUGACACAUGCCUUUUUAUCUUUUCUGUUUCCCCCUACAACUUCUGACAAAAAGAGAGCAACACACGGCCAAGAGGAAGAACUACUCCACAAAGAUGGUGGCUAUAUCCUUGCCUCCUCGUCCUGCCCUGUUGUUCUUGGUCCUCAUGAGUGUGACUCUGAUGACAUCUGCGUUUCCCCAGCCUCAACUUCGACCUCUGCAAAGUAACUUGCCUGCUAUUGGUCAAGAGGAUUCCAAAGGUGAACAGUGGGAAGUGCUGUUCCCCUCCAUCUCGCUCCGUGAUUGGAGCAUUCAGAUGCUGAGCGCUCCAGAUUUUGAAGCAGCUAAUGCUGGGACACAACAGCUGGUGAGGGAUGAUUGGCUUCCGCUCAGCCAGUCACAGGUGGAGGAGGAGCUGAUGAAGGGCUGGCUGGGCAACUGGCCUUCACGGGUGGGUCACCAGCAGAAGAGAAACAUAGUGGUGGCAGAUGACGCUGCAUUUAGAGAAAAGAGCAAGCUUUUGACAGCAAUGGAAAGACAGAAAUGGCUCAAUUCCUAUAUGCAGAAACUCUUAGUAGUUAAUUCAAAGUAGUUAUUAUGUUAUGUAAUUGUAAAUAUAUAAAAUAUUUAGAAAAAUGUGUUUUAUGUGGGAGAAAAAAAGCAUUUGAUCAUCACUACAUGAGAUAAUGUAAUCGAGUUAAAGGGUUAGUUCAACCAAAAAUGCUCUCAUCAUAUACUCAUUUUAAUCCCAUAUUAUUUUUCUGCACGGAACACAAAAGUAGAUAGUACAAUGCUUCAUAUGUUUUUUUUUUCCCCUACACAAAUAAGUAAAUCAUACGGGGUUGAAAUGACAUGAUGGUAAGUAAAUGAUGAGAAAUUAUUUUUGGGUGAUCUAUCCAUUUUAAAAAUCUGAAUGUAGAUAAAGGUACUUUUCUUUCUUUUUAGAUGAUCUUUGAAUAAGGAAAAUGCAUGAUGUGUUUGUUGGUCUGAUCUUGAUUUGAAUAAACACCUGAAAACAAUCUG